UUGGCUGCCGGUGAAUCAGGCAAGGCAGCCAGCACAAAUUGAACUGCGCCACAACAGCGCUAUUUCAGUAUUCACUACGGGACUUUUAGUUGUAACGUGGACUUCAUAUAAGCAUGUGCAUGAGACAAAUGCUCCUUAGAGUUGGAAUUGGCCAUUUUUCUGAAGUUUGUAUGUAAGGACGCUGAGCUAAUUUGAACCUGCCAAGAUACGCAUUGCCAAACGUUACCUCUUCCGUAGCGUGACCUGGACUUGACCUCUCACUCAGGAUAUAGUUUCACCUCGGAGCUGUUCUUGACAGACCUGAAGUUCCGCAAAAUGGCACCAAGGAACGACUUUGAACACCCUGUCCAUGAAGAGGUGACCACAGAUCUCCCGACCGUUCCCUCUCCCACUGUUCAGGAUGGGAAGGCUCCCCCUCUCCAGAUCGUGUGGAGGAACGUUGUAAUCAUGAGCCUCCUCCACCUGGGAGCCAUCUACGGUCUGGUCCUGCUGCCCUGGGCACACGUCUACACACUGCUGUGGGCUGUGUUCUGUUACUGCCUGUCGGCCCUGGGCGUGACGGCAGGGGCACACCGGCUCUGGGCACACAGGUCCUACAAGGCCAGGCUGCCGCUCAGGAUAUUCCUCGCCAUCGUCAACUGUAUGAGUUUACAGAACGAUAUUUACGACUGGUCACGUGACCACCGUGUUCAUCACAAAUACUCGGAGACCCCUGCCGACCCCCACAAUGCAAAGCGCGGCUUCUUCUUCGCGCACAUCGGUUGGCUGUUGGUCCGGAAGCACCCGGAUGUCAUCGCCAAGGGGAAACAGAUCGACCUGAGCGAUGUGCUGAACGACCCUGUCGUAAAAGUACAGCGAAAACUCUACGCGCCCACAGCCCUGCUGAUGUGCUUCGUCGUCCCCACCCUGGUGCCGAGACUCUGGGGUGAGAGCCUGGUGAGCGCGUUCUUCAGCGCCGUCCUGCGGUACGUCCUGGCACUGAACGCGACCUGGUUCGUGAACAGCGCGGCGCACAUGUGGGGCAACAAGCCGUACGACAAGUUCAUCAACCCCUCGCAAAACUUCCCGGUCGCCUUCCUAGCUAUGGGCGAGGGCUGGCACAAUUACCACCAUACCUUCCCGUACGACUACGCCACAAGCGAGCUGGGCUGGAAAGUCAACUCCACAACCGUGUUCAUCGACGUCAUGGCCUGGCUGGGCCUGGCGUAUGAUCGCAAGAAAGUCUCCCCGAACACUGUCCGUGCCAGGGUGUCCAGGACCGGGGACGGAACAUGGAAGAACUCGGCACAGUCCAUCUUCUAGUGUACAUGUUUUAUUGUCUUCGUCAGAAGGACUAUGAAAAUUGUCUCGCCGGAGUGUGGGGAACAGCGGAUUUUGCGAUAUAACUCUGGAAGGCAUGAUUCGACGUCCAUGAUUUUUGGCAGGCAUAUUAC